CUCUCUCCUCCCUCCCCCUCCGCUUCCGUUUCUUCUCUCGCAGCCUCCUCCAACUCCGCCUCUCUCUCUCUCUCUCUCGACUCCCCGGACCGAGCAGCGGCGGCGGCGAUGGAGUGCGUCCUCGGUGUUGUCGGCCGCGACUUCGCGGUGGUGGCCGCCGACACGUCGGCGGUGCAGAGCAUCCUGGUCCACAAGACCGACGAGGACAAGGUGAUGGUGCUCGACAGCCACAAGCUGAUGGGCGCGUCCGGAGAGCCAGGCGACAGGGUGCAGUUCACCGAGUUCAUCCAGAAGAACCUCCACCUGUAUCAGUUCCGCAACAACAUCCCGCUCAGCACCGCCGCCACCGCCAACUUCACCCGCGGUGAGCUCGCCACCGCCCUGCGGAAGAAUCCAUACUUUGUUAACAUAUUGCUCGCUGGAUAUGAUUCGGAUGUUGGUGCAUCUUUGUAUUACAUUGACUACAUUGCGACAUUCCAUAAGAUUGGAAAGGGGGCCUUUGGGUAUGGCUCCUACUUCUGUCUCUCACUGAUGGACAAGUUAUAUCAUCCAGACAUGUCGGUUGAGGAAGCUGUUGAUCUUGUUGACAAGUGCAUUAAAGAAAUUCGGCUCAGGUUGGUUGUUGCCCCUCAAAACUUCAUAAUCAAGAUCGUCGAUAAAGAUGGGGCUAGGGAGUACGCUAGGCGUGCAUACACCGAUAGUCCAUCGGAAGCUGCACCUGUAACAGCAUGAGGUGUAUCUGCCAUAUGGAUGAACCUUCUUGUUAAUGGUUUCUGAGUACCAUUUCUAUGUAAUCACAAGAUAUUGGGAUCUGAGUACUCUAUUUCAAAUUUAUCCCAGACGUGCGCCUUUUCUUACCCUUUUAAAUGUGGUCUGUUUCUGGGUACUGUUUCCAUGUUCGUGAACGCUGUUCAUCCAGAUGGACUUGUAGUUAAUGGUGACAUCUUUCUAGUUCCUUCAUUGUUCUGCAAUGUUGCAAUAGCUGCACAUUUCUGAAUAUUGCUAAGGGUUUGUGUCCAUCUACUUGUGGUAGAUGUGGUGCUUGAAAUAUACUCCCUUUGUCCCUUAA